AUGACAAAUCAAGAAGCGACUCUUACAAAAUGGAUUAUUCACGUACCCUUUGCAUGCUACGUGCAAGCACUGGUCUUUGCUCUGUGCGAAGACUCCCAUCCGCACAGCGAGGACACUGGUCUCCGUGCUCGUGGAGAGAUUUUCUGUGCACACGGAGGGGUCUCAGCCCUGAGCUGUUGUCUUGAUCCCACUGCCCUCAAAACCACACUUGUAGUAAUAUAUUAUCCCAAUGAUUUCAAAGAUAGAUUGGAAUGUGCAGUGUGUAUUUCUGAGGUCUCACAAGGGGAAAAAACCAGGUUUUUGCCAAAAUGCAAGCAUGGGUUUCAUAUGGAUUGCAUUGAUAUGCGGUUUCAAUCUCAUUCCACUUGUCCUCUUUUUCGAGCCCUUAUUAGGAAUGCAAAUGAAUCCUCAUCGAAUCCUAGUAGUCCUAAAGAGACUGUAAUUCAAACCCCAAUUGAAGAAAAUUCAAGCCAGCCACCAAAUUUUCCCACCAUUGUGUUGUUCUGGGGUAACGAGACUCAAGUUAGUACAUUUGGACCUUGUUUAGAGGAUAGUCAUCAAGGUAUUGCAACUGCUGCUCCGUUUCAACCCACUAGCUCGUCAUCAUUAGCAUCAACAAGUAAUAGGCCGAAUGCUCGUGAUUGA